AACCUACAUGGCGCCAUCGGUUUGAUACUGGGGAUAAUCGUUCAGAGUUGUGUGGAAGCAGCUGUUUGUCAACUGCAAGUUCCGCUUUAAUUGGCGCGUGAUUACUUUGCAUAUACCAGCAGAGUCCUGCAGAACAUUGCCAAAAUGGGCGAGUCGAAUGGGGCUGAAGAGAAUGGAAGUUCCUUUCCUUCAGGAACGCUUGCAAAAUUGACAUGCGAUAUCCUCAACGAUACCUUUUAUAAUAUAAUUCAUGAUAUAGUUGCGAAGGUGCAUCGCGACGAAAAGGUCUCCCGUAUGCGCUCAGCGGUGGUCACUGCAAGGCAAAAAGCCGAUGAAGAGGCAUCCAAACGUCGUGAAGAGAGUGGGAAGCCAGCUGGUGCAUUCAAGCCCGGUGAUCUCGACCUUGAGGAACUUAAGGAUAUACAUGUGGAGACAGAUGCGGCUGUCUUUGAUGAAGGCAAGGUUUACCUCAAGGGAAACCCUCUGCAAACCACGAAAGAGAUUAUCUGUCCGGAGUGCCGAUUGCCUCGUCUAUUAUACCCAGUAACGGGUGUCGGGGCUCGGGCUCCCCCAGAUCCAUAUCGGGAGUAUUGUCAGAAGCAGCCUAUGAUCAACAAGCCGGGGCAUGAUGUUCAUGGAAACCCGUUUGCUACGGACAAGCUGAAUCCGAAGAAGAAGAAACAGACAAAUACGUCCAAUACUCCAGCUUCAAGCCCUCCCACAACGCCUGACAGUUCCUUCAAACAAGCAGCCCCAGAAAAGGUGUCCUUCCCGACUGUGAAAUGCCCGAACUGCCCGAGAUACUUUGUUGUCACUCGAGUUGCACAGCACCUGGAUCGGUGCUUGGGUUUAUCAGGGCGACAGACCAACCGCAACAAGACCCCAAUGGAAAAUGGUGCCAGUACACCCAGUUCUGCUCCACCUAAGCGUCCACUAGUGGAUGAUGAUGUUCCAGCAACUCUUCCGACGAAGAAGAAGAAGUUAGGAGCCCCCAAAAAACUGUCAGGGAAGAAGCCACCUCCGCCUAGCAAGUUGAAAAACGGGCUUACGCCAGACAUGGCCGCAGCAAGUGAUGCCGCCGGCUCUGGUGACGGGGACAUCAAGAGUGAAGCGAACGGGGAUAACUCUUAAGCCUUCGGUGUUUCUUUCUUUCUUUCUUUUCUCUUCUUUUCUUUCCACACCUUAUACCUUUCUACACAUCCCUUUCAACAUUAUUUUUACCUUGCUUCUUGCA